AUGGUGCUCUACAGCUUCUACAUAUUCGAUCGCCACACCGAGUGCAUCUACUCGCGGCGCUGGACCCCGCGCCCUGCCUCGUCGAGCUCCUCCAAGACGCCCGCGCGUCCACAAUCAGGGUCCAGCAUCACCAGCAACAACGGCGACGCGCCUGCAACCACCCGCAAACCACUCUCCCACGGCGACGACGAGAAGCUCGUCUUUGGCCUCGUCUUCUCGCUGCGCAACCUCGUCACCAAGCUCGGCGGCGCAGACGACACCUUUCUCUCCUACCGCACCGGCGAAUACAAAUUGCAUUACUACGAGACCCCCACGCGCAUGAAGUUUGUCAUGCUCACGGAUACAAAGGUCAUCAAUCUGCGCCAGUACCUCCAUCAGAUCUGGGCAAAUCUCUAUGUCGAGUAUGUUGUGAAGAACCCAUUGGCCCCGACGGAACAUCCUGGGGGCAUUGGAGUCGCCAAUGAGCUGUUCGAGAGGGGUCUGGAAGCUUUCAUCACAGCCGUGCUGCCAGUGUGA